AUGCAGGCAAAAUAUCAACUGAAAAAUGCGAUCGGUAAUGGGAGCUAUGGAAGAGUUUAUGAAGCAACGUUGAACGACGAACCUGUAGCGGCGAAAGUGCUUCAUCCGACAUUGAUUCAUCCCACCACUGUUGACAAAUUUCGAGAAGAAUGCGAACUUUUGCAGCGACUUAAUCAUAAGAAUGUUGUUAAGUUGAUUCAAUUCGACAUUUCGAAUUCUUCACCUCCUGUGCUUUUCACCGAACUUUUGGCUUGCGAUUUAAGGGAAUAUAUUACUAACCUUAAACCAAAGAAGAUUCCAUUUCCUGAAGUAGUGUCGAUCAUUCUGGAUGUUGCAAACGGUCUUGAUUAUCUGCACUACGUAUGUGAGAUAAUUCAUCGAGAUUUGGCAAGUAAAAAUAUCCUUUUAACCAAAACAGGGCAAGCCAAGAUAGCUGAUCUGGGACUCGCCAAGUUCUAUCGUGGAAAGCAAGGAAUGUCUGCCUCUCCAGUUCCCGGAACUCCACUAUACGCUGCUCCAGAAACGCAUCCAAAACCGGGCACAACAUCACCAAAGGUCGAGUACAACGAGAAAAUAGACAUUUUUUCGCUUGGAGUCAUUUCCAUGGAGGUAAUAAAUAGCCGAGAACCGAAGUGUGUCCCAGUGGUUUUUGAUACCGGUAAGUACAAUGUAAAUAAUUAUUCUGAUUUACUCUAAAAUUGUUCGCACCGGUUAAUCAUAACGAAUGCUGCAAAGCUGAUCGUACUACUUGAAAAGUAGCUUUACAAGGCAUCAACACGACACUGAAAGAGCCCAAAACAGAGCGCGGUCGUAUUCGUUUGCAGUCCUUUGCAGUCAGUUUCAGGCGACUGAAAACGACACAAAACGCAGAAGUCGCAGAACACUCCACUAAAAAAAUACUAUAAGGUAUCUUUAUUCAUUUUUCUUACAUCACUCAACAUUUGGGAUCAAAGGAGCAAAAUUAUGUGUUUUAUGAAGCAUUUCUACCGAUCACACGCUUGCAAAUGCAUGCUAUAUGGCCACGGCUUCGUUUUCACUUCCAUUAGUUGAAAGAAUGAAUGCAAUGCACAGGACGCAAUCUCGGAAUCUAAUCACGCGUGUUUUGACCGUCUAUCACGUGAAUCUUCCGGUGUUGCAGUUGGACCAAAGCGUUUUGACCUUUGGUUUUUAUAAGUUAUAUCUUUAUUUUCUUUUAAAAUUUCUUUGCUGAAAUUAACAGAUGGCCGACGCAUUCCCGAAAACGAACGUCGCAAAGAUGACAUACGUGAGAUGGGUGAUCACAGACUGAGAGGACUCGUGCUCAGCUGUAUUGAAGACAACAGUGACAAAAGAUUAAAUGCCAAGGAGGUUGUAGAAUGGCUUCAAAAAGAGAAGUCAGUCAUUGAGAAGAAAAACACUAUUGUUCAGAGAAGAACACCAAACUACCCUCCUACCUUGAGAAUAAUUUGUCUCGGGAAUUCUGCUACCGGAAAGACUUGUAUCAUCAAGCGGUUUAAAGACAACUGCUUCCAUGACCAUCUAAGAGCAACUGUUGGUCUCGAUGUUUUUAUCAAGAACAUUACUUUGAAUGGAAAAAAGUUCUCCUUGAGGAUUGAUGACACCGCCGGGCAAGAGAGGUUCAGUAGCAUAACUUCUUCGUUUCUACGAGAUGUAGACGGCGUUUUGCUCGUUUUUGACGUAACGGAUAGCAAGUCCUUUGAACCGGGCAUAGAUAGUAUAAAAAAACUCAUUGAUGAUCACCUAGAUGACUGGACGUGUAAAAUCUUAGUGGGAAACAAAGUUGAUGCAGGAGACAAACGUGAAGUUACUCGGAAACAGGCAGAAGAAUUGGCGGCAAAUCUUGGUGUACGCUACUUUGAAACAAGUGCAAAAACCGGCCAAAAUAUUCAGACAGUAUUUGAAGAACUAGCCAAAGAGAUCUACAACGCACUAGACUUGUCGGAUAUAGGAACAUAUCAGCAAAAAAAACCUUGCAAUGGUGCAGUCCUCUUGGGUCAAGAACUGGGUCAAGAACAAACUGAAAAGUUUAGUCUGGGGUGUCCAUUUUGCUAA